GGAUUGUGCUGAAAUGGAGAGAGAAGCAUCAUAAAGAAAAACUCUGUCUUUCAAGAUUUGAAAAGGAGAAAAAGACAAAACUAUGAAACUCUUGAGGAGAGUAGGAUUCUUCCAUGCAAACAUGCUCCUACUUACCACAAGCAUAGGGGCAGGGAUUUUUGUGACUCCUGCAGGAGUAUUAAAAUCCUCCUCACAGAACAUCCCUGUUUGUCUCAGUAUUUGGGCAGGCUGUGGCCUGCUGAGCAUGAUGAAUGCUGUCUGUGUUGCAGAGCUUGGUACUACCUUCCCUGUGAGCGCAGCAUCUUAUUAUUUCCUCAAAAGAUCGCUUGGAACCUCUGCUGCUUUUCUCAGUCUUUGGAUUAAUCUUUUUGCUCAUUUUCUGGGCAUCGGUGCUCUUUGCUUAGCAGCAGCUAGUAAUGUGAUACAGUCUUUUUAUGCUGGGUGCCCAGCUCCAGAGCUCCCAAAGAAGUGUCUGGCUUUGGCUUUUCUGUGGUGCUUUGGAAUUCUCAAUGCUCGAGGGAUUAAAACAGUGGCUUGGUUUCAGACCAUCAACAGUUUGAUGAAGACGAGUAUUCUUUGUGUCUUUUCUCUAACUGGGGUUGUGCUCUUAGUGAAUGGGGAAAAGGAGCAUCUUUCCAGGUUUCAGAACGCUUUGGACGCUGAACUUCCUAACGCUUCACAGAUUGCAGAUGCCAUGCUGCAAGUGUUCUAUUCGUACAUAGGAUCAUCAGUCAUCCUCAACAUAGCAGGGGAAAUAAAACAUCCUGCUAAAACAAUUCCAAAAUCUGUAAUUUCUUCCCUGUCCAUUGUGAUUGUGCUAUACUUACUGACUAAUAUAUCGUACUUGGCAGUGUUGACACCACAGGAAAUCAUCUCCUCAGAUUCUGUUGCCGUCAUGUGGAUGAACAGAGUCUUUCCAUCCAUGAAAUGGAUAAUUUCUUUGUUGAUCUCAGAAUUUAUAAUUGGCACCAUUUCUUGUGGAAUACUUUCAGCAUCUAGAAUUUUCUACUGUGCAAGUCAAGAGGGACAACUUCCUCUCAUCUACACAAUGCUAAAUGACCGUCACUCUCCUCUUGUAGCUGUCAUCCAGAGUAUCAUUUUAUCUUCUGUUGCAAUAAUAAUUUCAGAUUUAACCUAUUUAGUGAAAUACGUGGGUCUAGGAGCAUGGUGUAUAUAUUCGCUGAGUAUGAUUGGAUUACUUAAAUUAAGAUAUCAGAACCCUGAUCUACCACGACCUUAUAAAGUGUGGCUGCCAUUUGUAUUUGGAUCGAUAGCUUCAUCAGCUUUUCUCAUCUUCACACCAAUAGUUCAGUCUCCUAGUAUAGAGCAGGUCUAUCAGGUUGCCUUCCUUUUCUGUGGACUUCUGGUUUACUGGCUUCAAGCUCGCCUUGGCAGACACGCCGCUUGUUUUGACACAAUCACUUGUUACUUGCAGUUGCUUUUCAAUGUGUCCCCAUCUGAAGAGCAUGACAAAUGAUCCUUGAAUCAUACAUUUGUAUUUUUCCUUUCUAAGCUUGCUGAAGUUUAUCAAAAUGCUCUUCAUAAAAGUGAACCACAGAGCCAGAGAAUUUCUGCUGCACUGGCUUCAGGUUCACUUUCUAUGGCAUUCCGAUUAUUUUACAACAAUAACACAAUAUUUGCAAUUGCUAUUUAA